AGGUCAAAGUCCAAAGCGAAGGGGAGUGAGUGACAGAAUAUCUAAUCUGUCCCGUAAUGUAAAGGUUGUUGGGUGUUGUUGCUGUAGGGGUUUCGUUGUGGGGAACAUUUUCGGGAUGGCGGCUCAGCCUCCCCCCAAGCCGUGGGAAAGGCGUAUCCCCAGUACCAUCUCCAGUUUUCAGUCUUCAGAGUUUGGACCAACUGUUAUAAACCGACCAGGUCCACCAGUCAUCGCCAGAAUUCCUCCCCCCCUUCCCCCAAGGGUAUCUCAGCAGACUGGAGGAAACAGCCUGAUAGGCUACAGACCGUCUUAUAGCUCCUUCACCUCUUCUUAUGGUCCCUAUGGAAGUUCAUUAUACAGCAAUUACAGCCCAUAUAGCUAUGGAUAUGGGGCAGCUUUGGGAUACAAUAGAUUUCGGAAUGAUGAUGUUCCUCCUAGCCGAUUUGUGCAGCAGGCAGAGGAGAGCAGUAGAGGUGCAUUUCAGUCUAUAGAAAGCAUUGUCCAUGCAUUUACUUCGGUCAGCAUGAUGAUGGAUGCCACGUUCUCCGCUGUUUAUAACAGUUUUAGAGCAGUUUUAGAUGUGGCCAACCACUUCUCAAGGCUCAAGGUUCACUUCACCAAAGUAUUUUCUGCAUUUGCUGUGGUCAGGACACUGAGGUACUUGUAUCGAAAGCUAAAAGGAAUGAUGGGCCUGCAAAAAGACAAUGAAGCUGAGGACCUUUGGGCAGAUAGCGCAGGUGCUGUAGUAAUUGCCGGAGAAGAUAAGGCAUCAAAUUCAGUAAAAUCCUGGCCAAUAUUUCUUUUUCUGGCUGUUAUUCUUGGUGGACCUUAUCUGAUAUGGAAAUUAUUAAGUUCUGCUGAUGGAACCAAUGACACAGUGACUACAAACUGGGCAAAUGGAGAUGAUGAUCAUGUGGUUGCAAGGGCAGAGUUUGACUUCAGUGCUGCUUCAGAUGAGGAAAUUUCUUUUCAUACUGGGGAUAUGUUAAAUUUAGCACCUAAAGAACAACAACCACGAGUGCGUGGCUGGUUGCUAGCAAGCCUGGAUGGACAGAUAACUGGACUCAUACCAGCGAACUAUGUGAAAAUAUUGGGAAAGAGACGAGGAAGAAGGCAAGGAGAACUGGGAAGAACAGCACAGCAACAGUCUUCUUCAAAUACCACAGAGCAGACCUAUGGAGCAACAAGCUCCCAGGCAGUGGAGGCGGUAGCUGGUCAGGACAAAGAUUUCGAGGAAUUGUUCACAGCUGUACCAGCAGAGUCAAACCAGAACCAUGCUUCAGAUUCGGUUAUUACUAUUCCUGAUAAAUUAGAGCUAUGAUUUUUUUCCCUUUUUGUCAAUUUAAAUAUUACCUAUAUGGAUGAUGAAAGAAAUUGAAAUCCUGGAUUGUUUAAUAUGGUCCUAAUAGUUGAGGACAGGCAGUUAUAUUGAUGGAAAAACAGAAUUUUAGUGUAUAUCAAACAUUUUGCACUUCCCAAGGUUGAUGUUAAAAAUUACAGAAAAUUGUCACAUAGAAAAUGAAAAAAAUAAAAUUACUGUAAAUUAUUUAUGCACUAAAAGUUGUAUCAUAGCAGUUGGUGUGGUUUCUUCAUUUAUAUACAGUUAAAUUGCCAAAGUGGAUUUUUUUCCUUGUGCAUGUGUAAAGGGAGUUUUGCCUUAUCCAAAAGAUAUAUUUGGUUUCAAAUAAUUGACUACGGUCUUUUUCAAGUUUGGUUUUUUGGUCAUGCCUGAUGCUGCUACAUAAAGCUCUAGUUCUUCAAAAUCUCUGUUUCCUGCCUUUUGCCUGAUGCAGGAAUAUGCUUUGGUUCCCUUCCAACCUGAAUUGGAUCAGGUAGGUCUGAAAUUAUUACAUUGUGCUGUGAAUAGACAGACGUGUCUGUAAAUGUACAUUGAAAAAGUUCACAUGUUCUGUUAUCUGCUUUCUGCGUAAAGGUUUUAAAUUCACAUUUUGGCCCAGACCAAACAUUACCAGUAGCAGGUGAUUAGGCAGGGCAGUUGAGGGAGCUAUUAUUAAAUCUGAGCCGAGACGCAUUGAAGAGUGUUACAUGCAAUUUGUUUUUUUUUUUAACAAGUUGAGUAUCAACAUUUUUACACUUUCUACAUUUACGUGUUUCUGUGCAUCUUGAAAUUGUGUUACAUUUUUGUGUAUAUGCCAGUUAUAAAUGCAGUUGCAGUCACCCAAUAUUGAAAUGAAGCAUUCUCUCAUGUCCCAUAGUUUUGACCAUUCAAGAGUAAACCAUGAGUAAUUACUGAUCACCUCCCAGUGUGUAAAAACACUUUAAAAUGAAGUUUUCUUUGCUUUUUUGCUUAAAAAGUAAUUAUUUUAGAAUGUAUACAAGAAAAAAAAAAGGUUUUAGAUUGUUGAGAUAAUUUUAAUUUACAAUCAUGUUCUGUGUUCAUACUGUAUAUUUCAUUCUAAUUGCAUCUUUCCCAUGGUUACCCAAGUUAAAGCAAUUGCAUGCGUAUUAAACCCAGGUUUUCAAGAUUUAUAGUGCAUUUAACCAGAGCAUAAUUUGGUUGAGCUUUCAUAGUUGAGGCUGCCCAUUGCUUACAUCUGGAUUACAAAUUGGCUUGAUUCAGAAGUAAACCAAGAACUCAAGAAUCAUUGUAAUCCACUUGAUUUUAAAUGAACAUACCGGUAGUUCUUUACAUCUCAGAUUGAAUACUAUGGUGAAAUGGAUCCUGCAGCUUGCUUGUGUACAUGCCAGAAUGACUUUUAAUAUAUAAUACACAUAUUUUAUAUCUAUUGCGGAAUCAAUUAAAAAUAUAACACAAUCCUAAUCAAAAGUAAUUGUUGACUUGGGUAUGAGUUUUACAUGUUUAGGGAUGGAUUAGUCAUGUGGAAGACUUCAAUGGCCACCGGAGGGCAGCACCUGAUCAUGCUGGUUGAUUGAAUUAGUUAUUCAUUCUCAGGGGAAGGUAAUUUUUCUGAUAUGCUGCUUAAGGACAUGCCAUUCUCAAACCUGCUUAAUUCAAUACAGGGUUGAGUCUAUCUGGGUUGCAUCGGGCACUAGACAGUAACCAACCCCGAAUAGGGCCACGGUCCAUCACAGGCCUCAGAUGUUCUCAUUCCAUCUAUAAGCAGGUAAUUUAUUCAUUGCUGCUUUUCAGUUUUAGUUGCAUUGAAGCAGCUUACACUGGGUAAAAUUCCAGUCGACCUCUUUUUAUUUUAAAAAUAUUUGAUGAAGGUCUACCAUAUCAAUGAUCAUUUUAAAGAGGGUUUUUAUUUUUCCCCUACAAAACACGUACUUAUUCCUUCCUCUGUUCAAUAGGGAACAGUGCUGCAUUUAAGUGUAUGAAGAGGGUCUCAGAAAUGUGCUGUACAGGUAUAAAUUUGUAUUCUUGGUGAAGUCAGCCUUUAAUUUGCUCAGCAUAGUGUGCAAUGCACUUAAAGAUGACAGUUAAAGUUAAAAGUGUAUCAUAUUUAUCAGUUGCAUACAUGUAUCUAGUUUUGAGAUUUACUUUAGUGUUUUUGGGCCAAUUUCAGUUUCACUGUUGAUGAUCAUGCAAAUGACUAUUAGCACUAUAACAUGCUUUCUCACCUACUGAAGCAUAGUUUCAACAUUUUCUGCUGUUUAUACAAUAUGGUCAGCCGUUUUAUCAUUCUUUUAUUUAGGAGAUAAAUAAAAGCACAGCCCAUUCAAGCAAAUGCAAAUAACAUAGCAAGCUUGAUCACUCCAAAGACAACCCGUGAAACUUGUCACUCAACAUCCACCUGAAAAAGAAAGCUUAUAUGACUAGAGAGUCACAUCUAAAAUAGUGAUUUGUACAUGAUAAAACAGCAAAAAGUGGACAAAAAUCAAAAUCAAGUUUGAGUUUUGUGAUAAUAUAGAACAUUACUUUCCAGCUGAGGCACAAAGGUGGAUUAUAUUCUUCCAGUUGAGAAAACAAGUCUUUGUGAGUAGUGUAGUACAAGAGAUUGCAACUGGUAUUUGAUAGCAUGCCUUUAUCCCAUCUGGUACGUCCAGAUAAUGCUGUUAAGAUAUUAGGAGUAAUUUUAAUUCCAAUGCUAUUAAAGGUAUACAAGUGUUUUUGCCCCCAAUGGAUUAAUUGUAGAACAGUCCCAAGACGUGACCUAGCAGAGCAAGCAUUUGAUGAGCUCAGGAUCUUGCCCAGAGUACAUUUGGGAGCGAUACAUGGAUCAGUGAUUUUUAGUUGAAUUAGGCCACAGUUAGUCAUGGCUGGUUGCAAAAUUCAUGUAUUUUUUUUUUUAUUAUUAUUUAUGUAUUUUUUUCAUGUAUUUUUGUACUUUACAAACAUCCUGAAGACUCAUGGUAUUUGGCAAGUCUCCGCUAUUUUGUUUAAUACUUUUUGUCAUAGGUAACAUUUUUAGUGACUUUACUGUUGAGUGCAUUCAUGUCACAUUACAUUUAGACACAUGAAGUUUUAGUUCCAUUAACCUGCAAGUAGAUAUUCUUUAAAUGUUAUCUUUUUCACAUUAUACCUGUUAUAAUUUAUUUCCCAUAAAACUUAAAGCACGAGCUUCAGUUUAGUUUUCUUUCUUUUUUUUCCUUGUGUGGUCAAUUGUGGUGAUUUUAAGAUAUGUUCUGUCUGAAAGUAGGGUUGUUAACAAUGUAUAGACUAAUUAAUCUCUGUACAUUGUUUAAUAAAACAAUAAUGUGAUUAUAAUACAAUAAAGACAUGCAUUACUACUCCA